AUGACUGACAACAUACCAUCAACUAUGAAAGCUAUUGUGAUCGAUAGCAAGACCAAUUGGGUGACUAUCAAGGACGACGUCCCGACACCUGAACCAGGUGACAAUCAAGUCUUGAUCAAGGUAGCUUAUGCUGCACAGAAUCCGAGUGAUUGGAAAUUCGCAGCUUUCCUUUCAGUGGAUGGCGAUUUCCUAGGCUCUGAUUAUUCUGGAACCGUUGUCAAAGUCGGUACCAAUCUCCAAGCGUCUCUGCAGGUUGGCGACAAGAUUGCUGGCGCUGUCUUGGGAGGUGGUUUCGGCGAAUAUCUAACUGUAGACAGUGACCUGGCUUUCAGGGUCCCCCAAGAUAUCAGCCUCGAAGAUGCGUCUACUUUCGGGGUGGCUUGGGGGACUGCCGGUCAAGUCAUCUUCAAAGAGCAAAAACACGCUUAUCCUCCUUCGAAAGUAGAAGGAUCACCUUGGUAUAUCGUUUAUGGCGGAUCAACUUCUGUCGGGUUAUUCGCAAUUCAGAUUGUCAAAAGACUAGGAUAUAAAGUAUUGGCUUUUGCUUCACCUCACUCUUAUGACCUUGUUAAAUCAUAUGGAGCAGAUGCAGUUGUCAAUUAUCGUGAUGAUGAUGCUGUAGAACAAGCUUUGAAGAUCACCGGAGGUGGCGCUGAGCUUGGCUUCGAUACUAUAUCAGAGGGUACAAGUUUCAGUAUCGUUAUUCCAGCUUUACGCGAAAAAGGUAAACAAUUGAACGUUAUCAACAUGAUCACGGAUGAGAUCAGACAGAUCAAUCCUAAGAUCGAAUUGGUUCAUACAAUGUUCCAUACUCUUUUAGGCAAAGAGCUUAAUUUCGGAGCAAGGACUCCAGAAACCCCCAUGAUCAUCCCUGUCGUUCCGGAAAAUCAUCGAUUUGGUACCACAUUCUUCCCCAAGACCGAGGAGCUGAUCUCGAAAUAUGGUAUCAAGGCAAAUCCAGUAGCCUUGAAAGGAGGUUUAGAAGCUAUUUCUCAAGGUCUAAAAGAUCAGAUGGAAGGGAAAGUUUCAGGAAAGAAAUUGGUAUACAAGAUCGCUUAG